AUGCCCCGCGCUGGCGGAGGAGAUGGGGGUAGUGGACCCCAGAGGACAGGAGGGGGUGGCUUUGGAGGAUGGCUGGGUGGCGCUGCAAGAGCUAUGACAGGUGGAGGUGUCGGUGGUGGAUACGUUGUUCUGGGUGGCACCAGAUACGGUCUGCGGAUCUCUCAGGAGACCCUGCCACCGAUCAACUCCAGAGAGGAAUCGCAGGAGCGCCGGCGGAAGCGGAAUUCGCGGGAGAGCGACUCGCGGGAGCGGCUGACCGAGAAACCAGUGACGGAAAAACCGCCGAUAGAUCUAGCGGCCAGCAUCGCCGAUUGUUGCUGCAUCGGUCCGCGAUCGCGUCUUCCGCUUCCUCGGAUACCACCGGCGAUCACCUCUUCGACCAUGUCCUCGAUGGCGACGGCAGCAUCGUCGGCGUCAUCGUCGUCGUGUCCUUCGAUUGUCGCCGGUGGUUAUCCGUCCAGGGAAAUCGCCGGCGACUGCUCGUCGCCUCUUCCUGCUUCCACCACGAGCGUCGCGGAGACGACGUCGACGCUCGCUAAUAAUAGUCGCGGCGCGGUGCAAACAUCGGUGGGGAACAUCGGCAGCACCAGCCAGCAGCAGCAGCAACAACAGCCACACUACCACUAUUACCAGCAGCAUUAUCCACACGUAGCGGUGGCGGCGGUAACAUCGUCGUACUCGCCACCGACGACGACGCCGUGUUCACCCUCGACAUCGUUCGGCUACUCGUCUGGCGUCCCGACGACGACGCAGACCGUCUCCGUACCGCGGCAGCUCGCGCAGUGGACGAAGCAUCAGACGCUCAAGCUGCAGGAACCAGCAGUGAUAGCGGUGGACCGAUUGCACAGGUUUCGGUGGAGCGGGGGCGGAGGAGGAAGUGGCAAGAAAUCCUCUUCCGGCCCCCGCAGCGAGAAGGCUGAGCGCCUUCGCGAGCUCACUGAGAAGCUCAAGGGACCAGCACCGGUUCCGCCACCCAGAAGACCGUCGCGAGUACAGGCUUCUUCCCCUCCUCCUAGCGGAUACCAGCCGUCCUCUCAAAAUUAUCCACAGUCGGGCUCGAAUCCAAAUUGUGGCCGUUUUGAGGGUCGCUCGUCUCACCGUAGUUGUACGUACGAGGGCAACCAACAUGGUAACAAUAAUCAGCAAUCUCAGCAUCAUCAACAGCAUCAGCAACAGCAGCAAGAAAAUCCGAAGACGAUGGUCCGCAGUGAGAGUGUCAGUGAAGAGUGUCUCAGUGAUCGGUCGGGAAACAGUGUAUACCGGAAGCCAUGCCAUGAUUCGAGAAAGACCUCGAGAUCAGGCAGACCAGAGAGAAACAGUGAUGACGUCAGUGACCUCAGGAGCAAACCGAAUGCCAGUGCGGAGGCGGCGAAACACUUGAGACAGUACAGUGAUUCCGUGGUGGACAGUGCUACGAGUGUGGACGAUUUGUGCGAUAACCUGAACGUUGCUUCCGUUGGCGGCAACGAGGGGGAGGCCCGGGAUGCCAUCACUAGGUUGGAGCCGCGUGGGCUGCUUACCUUUCACAGGUCCGGCGCGCCCUAUAGGAGUGCCUCCUUUGGCCAGGUGGACUUUAAUCAAGCGAAUCGACAGAAAACUCAACCGAUCGUAACAUCCAAUCGCUCCGAGACCAAAGACAUUCGAGCGAGCACGUUACCCCGUCGUCGGGGUGAUGUCACUCCAACUAGCACAACACCUCAAAACAGCCCCAAUCGACAGAGUCCAAGGACAUCGACGCCCAGCGUCGACAGCGCCGUCGGCUCUGCCGAAGGUCUGGGUGUUUCUCAGCAAGGAAAUCACGAGGAGAUCCGACCCAGAAGCGACGGUUCAGACAGUCUGGCAACAUCCAGCGCACUCACCAGCCCAGAACCACUAGUUCCUGAGACGAACCAAAUCGAGCCCAGAGUCGAAACGGACGCGCCCACCGUUGAACUCGUUGGUCACGAGUCCGUGUACCCUAUCGUCGAAGGGAACAUCGUGGAGGAAACCAUUCAAAAAGAAACUAGGAUAGAGCCGCACGAGGUGAUCAUCACACCACCCCCGGAGGAGCCGCGACUGAGUCAAGCGAGCGAAGGCAGCGAGGCGCCGAGCGAGACGCCUUCGGAGGCGUCCUCGCCAUCCGGCAAAGCGAGACGAUACCGGGGAGACACCAGCAAGAGAAGGAAGGGCGUGUACAUAACUCAAUGGCCAGAGCCUUUGGACGCGGACAGGAACAAGCUGUCGGCUCAGAGCAGCGAGGAGAGAGACGAGCCACCUGCGACGCCCAGCGACCUGUCCGACUGCGAGGGCCACACGCCUCGAAGGUACAGCAAGAGGCCCCUUCGCGGGCCCUACGGGCAGAUGCUGGAGGCCGAGAUGGCGAAACCGCGCACCACCGAUAUCGCGCUCGAGGAAGGUCUUCGUCCUCGCAGAAAGAUCUCCGCGAAUCUCUCGUACAACGCGAGCAGCAACAACAGCGGUUCCGAGCCGCCCACACCCUGCCACCAUCGGACGACCUCCAGUCCGACGAAACUCGAGGGACUUCCGGGGCCGAGUCCUGAGCUGCUCGCGGAGCUGCUGAGAGGGUCCUCGGAGAGGGUGGCUCGCGCACCGGCGCAUCGAAACGACACGAGGACUCACGUGGUUGUGGAGCUUUACGAUACAGAACGAUCCUACGUGGAGGCGCUACAGAUACUAGUCAAUAAAUACUUACAGCCCUUGAAAAGUCCCGAAAAUGCCGGUUUGGUGGAUGCCGCAACAGUCGACGAAAUAUUUUAUCAGGUCCCUGCGCUUCUCAGUCAUCACGAGAUAUUCUUGGAGGAGUUGCGUAGGCGGCUGGACACCUGGGAACUCAGGCAGACGAUCGGCGACGUCUUCCUCGAUGUGUUCACGAAGCCGGUGGUGCUGGAGACAUACACCCUGUUUCUGGACAAUUGGAAGUCUGCGAGGAAGGCGAUAAAAACAACGUGCCAAGCGAAGCCGGCCUUCGCACGAUUUCUCGAGACAAUGGAACGCGAGCACAAGGGCAAGCUGGGACUGGACCAGCUGCUGAUCAAACCAGUGCAGAAGAUCCCGCGGUACGAACUGUUGAUUCAGAGGUUGCUAAAACACACGGAUCCGACGCAUCCUGAUUACGAGUUACUGCAGGCUGCGCAGAAAGAAGUGCACGAGCUGGUCGUGAAGAUCAACUGCACGGAAAGGGAGUCGCUCGAAUGGGAACAGCAACAGACGACGUUGAGGGAGGUCCAGGCCCUUGUCGAAGGUCUCGCUGGUAUCGUAACGAAUGACAGAGCUUUCGUCCGACACGAUCUGGUCACCAUAGCGUCGAAUCAGGGCACACGGAAGGAACGGGCUUUAUUUUUAUUCUCCGAUCUCCUCGUCAUCACCAGCAUCAAGCGCAGAAGCGGCACAAUAAGAAAACCGUCAACCACGUGCCCGAACAGUCUGGUCGGUCUGCUUGACGCAAAUAAGUAUAAAAUGUUGAUGCGAAUCUCACUGGAUGAUCUCGAAGUAAUGAAAGCCAAAGACGAAAAUUUAAGGCGAAUGGCACGCGAAGUCGACUAUCUCCGAGAAGACUGCACAAAGUUGACUCAGCUGCAGGAGCUCGCCGCAGCUUUGCAUGGUGCCAAGCAACAGUUGGAAGACCUUAUCAAGGAUAUGCUGAGUCAGGCCCAACGGCAAUUGGCAGAAAGAAACGCGGCGCAUUCCCAGUUGGCUUGCUUGGAACUUACACUCAAUACUCAAGCUGGGAUCGAGAAUAUAUCUGUCAUGUUCGCGAAGCCUGACAAGCGUGCGAGUUGGGAGGAGAGCUUUAAUGAAGCCAAACAGAAGCUCGCGUUAUCAGCUGACAGGAGACCAUGUCCUGAAUUCGUUGGGCCUCUGCCCAUCAGGAAAACGCGAGCGGGUCUGCAGUUUACUUGCGCAGCGCCAACAUUGGCGAAUGGACAGGGAUCGAAGGAUGUCUGGGUAUGUAAUAGUGACGGUUACGUCGGUCAGGUGUGCGUGUUGAGUUUGAGCCCAGAACCACCGCAAGUAACAUCGUGCAAUGGAGUCUGUAACGCCAGGAUACUCUGCGUCGCUGGAAUACCCGUAUGCACACCUGGUUCAAACUUGUGCAUGUCGAACAAUAGUCCGUUCGUUAAUAGCAAGAAUAGUAUAAGCAUAUCGGUGCAAGACGUGGAUGCUAGCAGCGGUAAUAUACAGUUAGACAGUAGCUCGAGCUCCGACGAUUCGGACUCGGACGACAUUCCAAGCGCAGACACGGGCAGUGUGACGCUGAGCGGCGACGUAUCGAGUAUUGACAAUACUAUCACGGAAGAGGAUGCGAAUCAGCCCACAAUGUGGCUAGGAACCGAGGAUGGUUGCAUUCACGUGUAUAACUGCAACGAUAACAUUCGGAUCAAGAAGAAUAAAGUAAAGAUACAGCACGGCAGCAGCGUGCAUUGCAUCAUAUACUUGGAUAACAAAGUGUUCGUUUCUCUUGCCAACGGAGACAUCACCGUUUACGUUCGGGACCAUACCGGUGGAUGGAACACUCCGGAUCCCACGACGGUGUCCGUCGGGACGGUAGCGUCACCAGUGACCAAAAUGCUGUCCGUCUCUGGGAAACUUUGGUGCGGGUGUCACAAUAGCGUUAAAGUUUUGAAUACCCACACCCUGGACAUCGAGCACACGUUUGCUGUAAGCAGCGAUACGAGCCGCGCCGUUUCCUGUAUGGCAAACUCUGGAGGUUUAGGCGUUUGGAUUUCAUUACACAACAGCGCCGUACUAAGGCUUUUCCAUUCCGGUACAUACGAAUGCCUAACCGAUAUCAACAUCGCCCCAGCUGUUACCAAAAUGCUUGCCAGUUGUGAUGACAUAAUUCGGCAGCACAAGGCAGCCUGUCUCAGGGUCACCGCACUAUUGGCUUGCAACGAGUUGCUUUGGAUCGGUACGAGCGCUGGCGUGCUGCUCACCGUGCCAAUUCCCCAUAUAAAGCCAUCCACUCAGAGGAUGUCGCAGCCACCGAUCGUGACUGGAAUUCCUCACGGACACACAGGACACGUGCGUUUUCUCACCUGCGUAGAAACACCGAAUCCCUCGAAACCAGACCCUCGUCCAAAGGUGAAUCGUUAUUCAUUGAAAUCGAAUAAAACGCAACAGAACAAUAUCAAUCGUGGUAAACUCUUGGUGAUAUCCGGCGGAGACGGUUAUGAGGACUUCCGCGGACCUCAAGCUUCGGCCGAGUUGCAGGCUGGUCGCGAGGACUCCACGAACCAUCUACUGCUGUGGAAAGUGUGAUACAAUGUAGCACGACCCCAGACAAGGGUCGCGGUAAACGAAAACCGGCAUGACACGCCGUGGGAAUCGUUAUAUGUGCAACACGCAGACGGACGCCGUCGCUGUCGUCUGAUCGUGGCCGAUCAGGACGUAUCGGCGCGCCGAGUUUUCAGGGAACGCGGGAAGGUUCUCUGGUUGGUAUUAGCCGAGUGGAUUAAGAGCAAGAUGCGAGAACUGCAUUACUCUCAAGACGUAAGGAAGUAUCGUUUGCAGUUCACACGGGAGUCCGACCGAUCGAGGACGGUCACGGAUUUGUCUCUAUCAUCGUUGUGCAAUUUAUGAGCGGAUCUGCUAUUUCUGACUAUGAUCAAUCACGUCGGUCUGAUGUAAGAUCAUUUACCAACAAUGAGUGCUCGC